AUGAUGCUCUUGCCAGUCUUGAUUUUGGGUGAAUGCAGGAUGUGCGUUUGCUUGUCCGGUCUCUACCUCUCUGAUCUCAUUUACACCAACGUGGCACAUCCGCGUAUCAACGGACAGCCGACAACGGUUUGGGUGACGAAGCUGAACACCAUCGUCGACGCCAUCGCCCACUUCCAGCAGUCGCGUUUCCGUAAGCCCCUAUCCUCAGCGAGAAAGUCCGUUUUUAUCUGUCGGAUGGCUGCCUUGUGUUGCAUUGCAACUUUCCAAGUGAAUGAGAGCAUCCGAGCCUACCUCCUCGCUCAGUCUUACAUUGAGGAGUUACAGAAGUUCCUCGAGGAUGCCAACUUCAAGAUGUCCCUCCACCUAGAACCGCCUCCUAUACUUGAUGCCUCUCCGCCUCCCACUUCGCUGUCGCUGAUGGCCCCCGCUGCUGCUGCCAACGGGCACAGCACAGAAGGCUCGCGGAGGGGUGUCUCGGCGGCGGCGCGCGUGAGUACGUCUAUUUCGUGUAAGACCGCUCCGUUGGUCGUAGCCCUUACUGCAGGCUGCACCUUCGAGCGGGAACAGGCACCGCGCAAGAAGACACUACCGUCAGCACCGCAAUCACUCAGCUUCAAGCCGACUUUGGUCGCGCUGGGGAAGGCGGCGAUAGGCGACAGCACCGAGGUGGAGGUAGACGCAGAGGGAGAGGAGGUGGAGGUCUGCUGUACUAGGACUAUAAAACCCGGUACCACGGUGAAACUGUUGCUUCCACCAAAUCCCGUCGGCUUGUUAGAAAGCAGUGGUUGUGCCCCCAACCUUGCUGCCGUCCCCAUUGACUCCGUCACCACUGGCUCCAAGGCCUGCUUCGCUAAUGACACAUCUAUUCUCAGGGGAAGAAGUUCACUCUCCGAAGCAGUCCCCUCCUCCGACUCAUCCAGUCAGUCAGACAGGGUGACUGCUUCCGACCCAGCUAGGAUCGAGGCUCCAAUCACCCCCGUCUCCUCUGCCCCACCCAAAUCAACUCCUACCCAAGAAUACGACAUCUACUCAGCCGUGUUAGCUGUGGCCAGUCCAACCUGCCUGCAGAGUUCCGCCAACGAAGCGGCGAAAAGCCGUUCUGAAUCUGGAGCAUCUUUCAGUCUCUCCUCUCGGCCUAAGGAGGACAUCUCUCAAUGGCCACCCACCUCCUUCCCCUUCAUCAAGGCUCUUCGACCUGCCUGUGUGCUUUGUGAGGGUCCCGUCAACCGCAAGACUGUCGGCCGUCUCAUCCCUCCGGGGCUGGAGCAGGCCACCAGUGCGCUGAUGAACUUGAGCACCUUCAGCGACGACGGCUCCAACUCUCCUUGUCUUUUCCCCACCUCUUUCACCCCUCCACUUCCGCCGCCGACCGCACAGCCGCAGCAAAGAUAUCCUCGAAAUGCCUCUUGGAGGCCCUUCUGGACGGCUCUCGUCGUGAUGGAGGGCUGGGCUUCUGCCUACAUGGUCUACUUCGACGCUGUGGCGAAGAAGCCCUACCGACGUGAGGAUUUCGCAGCCGGACGAUGUCAAAUUCAGCCGUUCCAGCAAUGUCCCAUAGACGGAGGGAAGGUGAAUUGCCCGCCGAAUAUUGGUUUGGCGCGUCACCGCAACGGCAUAGUGGACGAGACCUCCUUCCUACUGACGCACCCGGGCCUCCACAAGACCUACCGCCUGCGUCCCAUCGCCCGACGAGGUGAUCCUGCGGUGGAGGCUACCGGCGGCGGGGGUGACGACAGUCCCCAUACUCCCACCCCGCAACGACGUGAUUCCCGACUCUUCUUCACUCUCUCGCGCAAAAAUUCCGUCACUACCGUUUCUACUACUCCUACGCACACCCCACCUCCGUCUGCCUCGUUGCGAGGUUGGGGCACCUCCGCUCCCAUUUUGGCUGCCGCUGCCUCGCAAGCCCCGACUGACCUCUCGAUGCGGCCGAUGCCCACCGUUGAAGACUGGCUCCAUGCUCUCCAGGCCACACUCGACCAUCUCCAGUCAUGA